CAUCAACAUUUGCCUCUUAACACUCUUUUGCACUGCUUUACAGGGCCACAUCGUCUCCGUCGAAUUACAGAUCCAAAGCCUUCCACUUCUUGGAUUCUUUCUCUCUCUACUUUCCCAAGAUAAUUCAGCUUUCCCUCUCGACUUUCCCAGAAAAGAAGAAGAAGAAGAAGAAGCUUUUCCUCUUCUCUCUCUAUCUUUCUUCUUAUUUGCAAGAAAAUACCACUUCAUUCACAGGAUUGCCGUCUUGCCAAGAAAUCAAUUCUAAUAUCUUGAUUCUAAGAAAUACCCAGGUUUUUUUUUUUGAUAUUCUUUUCAAAGAAAGCUUCUUUUUUUAAAUCAAUGGCAUCAAGCUAGUUCUUUUCUUUUUGAAUCCAAGCAAAACCCAGUAUUUGUUUGUUGAUAUUCUAUAUAGGAAAAGCCUUCUUUUUGUUUGCUUUUGUUUCUCAUGGCUUCAAGGGAAGUAUCAACGAUGAUAAAACAAGGCUUUAUUUCGGACCCAACAUUUUCUUUAUCUUUCUCUCCAUCAAGAACAACUCCCACAACAACUCUCUCAAGACUAUACUCUCCUUCCUCUCCUCCUCCGCCUCCUCCUCCUCCUCCAACUGUUUCAACUCGCCCGAAUCACAACCCCACCCUGUUUGAAAUGAUGUCUGAGGAACACCUCCGUGACUCCAAAACCAUCGAAGAAUCUCGCAGAAAGACUAACCGAGUUGCUAAAUUCCUCACUGAACUCAAAAUUUGUAGCUUUAACAGCUGGGGGUUGGGAUCAGGUGAUGUGAGGCUCACAGUAGUCUCUAGAGAUGGCUAUAGAGUGUCAAUGGAUGUGCACAGAAGAGUUUUGUCUGAGAAAAGUAGGUUCUUUGCUGAGAAGUUGAGUCAAGGAAGAGAAAAAGGAGUUUCUCAUACAGUGGAAAUCAGUGAAUGUGAUGAUGUGGAGGUUUAUGUGGAAACGGUGGUUUUGAUGUAUUGUGAUGAUUUAAAGAAGAGGUUGAUUGGUGAAGAUGUUAACAAAGUCUUGGCUUUGCUUAAGGUCUCUGCGGCCAUUAUGUUUGAUGCAGGAAUUAGCUCUUGCUUGGAGUAUUUGGAAGCUGUCCCAUGGUCUGAGGAGGAAGAGGAGAAAGUCAUAUCUCAUCUCAGCCAACUUGAGCUUCAUAGCUCAAUGACUGAGGUUCUUCAGAGAGUAUCAUCUGAACCAUCUACUUCUGCAAGAGCUGAUGACAUCUUCUUGCAGCUACUUAGUGGUGUUCUUCAAGCCAAGGAUGAUAAAGCGCGUCGAGAAAUGAAAACUCUUAUUUCACAGUUACUUAGAGAAGAUUCAUUUGAUGAUGACCAUCGGCUUGAUGUCUCCAAAGAGACCCUUUAUCAUCUCUGUCACAGAUGUCUUAGUUCUCUUGUCCUCUGCUUAUCUGAAGCUACAGGCAUGGACAAUAGCAGGCGAGAUCGAGGGGUUUUAAUGGCUGAAAUAGCUCGAGAAGCUGACAAUUUGCAGUGGAUUGUUGAUAUCCUAAUUGACAAAAGAAUGGCGAAUGACUUUGUGAAAUUAUGGGCAGACCAGAGGGAACUUGCAGCCCUUCAUUCAAAGAUUCCCAUUAUGUACCGGCAUGAAAUCAGCAGAAUCACUGCUCAACUAUGUAUCGCAAUUGGUAGAGGAAACAUCUUGGUGCCGAAAGAUAGCCGGUUCUCUUUGCUGUCCACAUGGUUGGAAGCUCUUUAUGAAGACUUUGGAUGGAUGAGAAGGGCUUCUAGAUCUGUAGAUAAGAAACUAGUGGAGGAUGGACUAAGCAAGACAAUUCUUACCCUUUCUUUGAGGCAACAGCAGGUUAUCUUGCUCAGUUGGUUUGAUCGGUUUCUCAAUAAAGGGGAUGACUGUCCCAAUAUCCAGACAGCAUUUGAAGUUUGGUGGAGAAGAGCUUUCAUCAGACAGUACACUGAUGUGCAGGAUAGUUCCCAGUUGCAAAUAACUGUUUGCAGUUAUCCAACCUGAAAGCUAUGCCAAUAAAAGUUAAAGCCAAGUAUGUAUAUACAAAGUGACAUUCUUUUGUAAUUUGUCAGCUCAUCUCCAUACUUUUGAUUUCCUUCAGUCCACAUGAAAAUUGUUGUUCUUUUUCUGAAGCUUUUAUCUUCUAUAGCUGGGGCCAGAGGUCAUGUAUGGUAAGAACAUUGGUGUAUGGAAAUGAAAACGGUUUGACUCA